ACGGUUUUCGUUUUUAUUUUAAGUUUGGUUUUAGAUUUUGACAUUUAUUUUAUAUCUUAGAUAUUAAAAAUGAGAAGGAAAAUUAGGGAGAUAAUAGGAUCAAAGUACUUUCACGAGUUUCUUGCUGAAACAAUUGGUACAAUGAUUCUUUUGCUUUUUGGUUUUGGGAGUAUGGCUCAGACUUUCACUGGAAAGGGAAAGUUUGGUGGAAUAUUAUCUGUAAACUUUGGUUGGGCAGUUGGUGUAAUGUUUGGUAUAUUUGUCUCAGGAGGGGUUUCAGGGGGACAUUUAAACCCAGCAGUUACUUUAGCAAUGACUGUAACUAAACGAUUACCAUGGGAAAAGUUGCCAAUAUAUUGGCUAGCCCAAAGUAUUGGAGCAUUUAUUGCAUCAGCUAUUGUGUAUGGAGUAUAUUACGAUUUACUCAUGGCGUACGAUAAUGGAAAACUUGUACCUGACGCUGCUUAUAUUUGGGCAACACGUCCCUAUCCGGGGGUAUCAACUGCUACUGCAUUUGCAGAUCAGUUUGUGAGCAGUGCACUUCUAGUUGGCAUAAUAUUUGCACUUACUGAUAAGCGCAAUAGUGGUCCAAGUCCCCAACUGUUGCCUCUUUGUGUUGCUUUGAUUGUGCUUGGUAUAGGAAUUUCAUUUGGAAUUAAUUGCGGCUAUGGCAUAAAUCCAGCGCGUAAUUUAAUGCCUAGAAUAUUUACAUCACUUGCUGGAUGGGGGUCGGCACCAUUUACCUAUCAACACUAUUAUUUUUGGGCCCCAAUUCUUGCACAGCUCCUCGGAGGUGUUAUGGGUGGCUUAAUAUAUAUUGUGACAAUAGAAAUGCACCAUAAAGAAAUAAAUCAUUUUAACGAUGAAAAAAGUGAUCCCAACAUAUCUUUGAAAGUAAGAAAAGUAACGUUUCCAAGUCAUUCUGGCUAAGCAUAUUUUAAAACUACAGUUUGUUCGGUUUUAUAUCAUUGAAGGUUCGAUAUUAUUGAAUACAAAUACAAAACAUCAGUUUUAAAACACUUUUUAAAACAUGCAAAUUACAAGCUAUAAAUAAUUUAAUUUUUGCAAACUAUUUAACAUAAACUUUUUUUCUUUUUACUCACUU